CGUGUGGUGGCCGUGGUGUGAAGGCCGUGUGGUGGCCGUGGUGUGAAGGCCGUGUGGUGGCCGUGGUGUGUAGGCCGUGUGGUGGCCCUGGUGUGAAGGCCGUGUGGUGGCCGUGGUGUGAAGGCCGUGUGGUGGCCGUGGUGUGAAGGCCGUGUGGUGGCCGUGGUGUGAAGGCCGUGUGGUGGCCGUGGUGUGAAGGCCGUGUGGUGGCCGUGGUGGUGUCCCACCUGUUCAUGCCGAAUUGUGACCUUUGCUGCUCCUUCCUGGAGGCACAUGCCUGGGGAUCAUGCUCCAAGCGAUGAAUGCAUGCGCGACUAGGGUACAUAGAUGGGGGUGUAUGUAUGGCAGGAAGUGGGUGGGCGACACGUAGGGGAGUGGAGGAGAUUAAUUGUGCGCUAUUCACUCAUGUAUCCCCCUCUCAUUUGUCCCUUCUCUUGACGCCCUUCACUAAGCCACCUCUCUCCUGCAGCACCACAAGCAAGCACUGGAUGUUGGCUGAACGGAUGGCAGAGAGGGGAGCGCUGCUGGCAUGUUCGGUGGGAGAUCCAGGGACUGCCUCGGGCCCGCCUGGAUGCCGCAGUCCAGGGGAAGCGUCGGGGUUGGGCCUGGCCCAACCAAGCCCGUCCCUUCCUACAUGUCCUCUGCUAUCGGUUUCCCUUUUCAUCUCCCUCCCCUCCCAAACCCCCCCCCUCUCUCGCAGCACCACAAGCGAGCUCUGGAGGUGGACGAGUGGAUGGCAGUGAGGGGCGCAGAGGCGGGCAGCAUGUGGGCACUGGGCGAUUGUGCUGCCAUCGCUCACAGGCCGCUGACUGACGAGACAGCACGCACCUUCCGUUCUUUCGACACCAACGGCGAUGGCUGCCUCUCACCCUCCGAGACCAAAGCGGCAAUCGCUGCUCUGCGGGAGCGCUACCCGCAUGCUGCUGCUGUGCUCAAGUCACGAGACCGGAUGAACCGACUCAUUCAGGACGCAAUGCACGGAGAGAAUGGCUCCCAGGGCGAACCUCUGGCAGGCAGCGGAGUGCGGGGGGAAGGAGAUUGAUGGGACUGCGUGUGAGGGCAGGGGGCUGUCGCUGGAGCAGUUUGAGGCGGUGCUGAGGGGUGUGGAGGGGCAGAUGAAGACGCUGCCGGCCACGGCACAGGUGGCAGCGCAGCAGGGCGAGUACAUGGCGCGCUGCUUCAACCGCCUGCUGGAACCCUCUUUGAAGCCGGAGGGGCCGCCGAAGCUGAGGGGGGAAGAGAGGCACGUGCUGCAGCCAUUCCGCUACGUGCAUUGGGGGCAGUUCGCCCCUCUCGGGUCUGAGACAACAGCAUUGGCCGGUCCACCCAAUGGCUCUGGUACUCGGUGUACGCCAGCAAACAAGUCUGUGCCAGGACAAGAGCACUGGUUGUGUUUGAUUGGGUCAAAUCAGCCAUAUUUGGUCGGGAUUCGAGUCGUAUGUGACUACUUCCUGUACAUCUGUUACCUACUUACUGCUAUUUCAUGUAACGCCUCAUAACCGCGUACAAAGCACCCUUUGUCGACAAACAUACAAUUCUGUCUGCACAUAUUUAUUUCGUUUAGGUAUGUUUGUUAUAGCCUAGCUAGAGCAAAUCUUAGAGACGACAAUAUUCUUGUAUGUGUAUCUCCCUUCCCCCUCUUCUUAGUCACAAUUUUUCCC